AUGUCUGGAGAAAAAAGAAAACGUAGCCCAAAUUGGUUACCUUCGGAAAAGAGUUUGUUGUUAGGACUCAUAGAAAAACAUUUUCGUGUCAUCGAAAAUAAAAAAACAGAUGGUGUUACGACGAAGCAAAAAUUUGCCGAAUGGCAAAUUUUAUCCCACGAAUACAAUAGCCAAACGACACACUGCUCGCGUACAGCAGAAAAUUUAAAAAAUGAGUGGGAGUAUAUGAAAAAAAAGGCCAAAAAGGAGGAGUCAUACAGGAGGAUGCAUAGAAUCCAAACAGGUGGUGGACCAACAAAUCCAAAGAAAGAAGAUCCUCUAGAUUCCAAAAUCAUAUCAUUAAUUAAAACAAGUGCUGUUGGGCUUUUCAACCAUUUUGACAGUGACAGUGUUGCCCCAGAUAGCUUAGAGAGGCAUAAUUUUGCUGAGGUUCAAGUUAUUUUGCCUGAGGAACCAGAAUUAUGUAAUAAAGAUCUUGAGACUGAACUUAAUGAAAUUCAAAAGACUGGGAUCGACUCGAACGAAGUAUUAAUGCAGGUUACAGUUAUUCUCCGUAAAAAUGAGUACAAUAAAGAAUUUUCAAGUGGGUCUGUUAAAUCAUAUGAUUCAAAUCAGUUAGCAUCUAAUGAUCCCAUUGAAGACACAAGAAGCGAGGCUCUGUGCAAGCUGACACCAGGUAUUUUAAUGGGUGUGUUUGAUGGACAUGGUGGCCCGGCAUGUGCCCAAGUAAUAUCCAAGCGGUUAUUAAAGUAUAUAGCGGCGGCCUUGCUUCCAAUGGACUCAUUAAACAAGUUUAUAAAGGAGCCUGAAGAGAGUUUGGUAGAAAUUAUUAAUGAUAGGGUAGAAUUAAUAGAAGAUCUAAAAACCAUAUAUGAUAAUAGUUUUAAACAGUAUUUGCUCGACUUAGCAAAAACACCACGGAAAGAAUCUGAUGUGAAUGCAUCACUGGAGAAAGGAAUCUUGCAGUUAGAUAACGAUUUGUCCAGAGAAGUUGUUGAGCCAUUCAAAAACAAUGGCGUUAUAAAUCCAAAGACGCUGUCUGUUGCCUUAUCAGGGGCAGUGGUAUGCGUAACUUAUAUCGAUGGGCCACAUUUGUAUGUCGCAAAUGUUGGAGAUUGUAACGCUGUGUUGGGCACUAAGACGGAGGAGAAUGAAUGGGUAGCAAAGAAAAUUACAAAAGAGCAUAAUUCUGAAAACUAUGAUGAACUUAAACGAAUAUGGAAUGAACAUCCUGACAGCGAGAGAAAGACUGUUAUAAGAAGGGACAGGCUUUUAGGAGAAUUAGCUCCGCUUAGAAGUAUGGGUGAUUACCGAUAUAAAUGGUCUACAGAUGUUUUAACUAAAGUCGCAGUACCAUUGAUCGGCGAAAAGGCAAUACCUGCAAAUUAUCACACCCCUCCCUACCUCACCGCGAAACCUGAUAUUUACUAUCAUAGACUUACUCCAAAAGAUAAAUUUUUAAUUAUUGCUUCUGAUGGUAUAUGGGAUAUGCUCACUCCGCUCCAAGCGGUUAAGUUGGUUGGAGAACAUAUGAAGGGAAAAGUUUUCUUCAAUCCACUCAAACUUCCCAAGAAGAACAUACAACUCAGUGAUAUCAAUGAACUUCUGCUUCAUAGGAAAGAGAGUUUAAAGAGUAAACCGAAAGACAGAAAUGCAGCAACACAUUUGAUUCGAAAUGCUAUUGGCGGCACGGAGUAUGGCGUGGAUCAUUCUAGAUUGGCGCAUUUGUUGAGCUUGUCUCCAGACGUCAGUCGGAUGUUCAGAGAUGACAUGACUGUAACUAUUGUUUAUUUCGAUUCGGAAUUUCUGAGACAGUGUCCGACUUAA